CGUUUGUGUGUGGGCGGUGGUGGUGGUGGUGGGGAGACAUGAUGACAGCGUGUAGGCGUGGGCUCCUCUCAGCGCCAUCAUCACCAGCGCAGCAACAGCCUCCUCCUUUUUCCUCCCCCUCCUCAUCCUCAGCACCACCGCCUUCAUCCUCCGAAGACCGAGAGGCGCGUCGGUGAACUUAUCCCAGGAAAAGCCAAGCGUCCGGCGCAAGAUGGAGGACGGCUACCAGAACCGCACGGCCUUCAUCAAAGGCGCCAAAGACAUCGCCAAGGAGGUCAAGCGGCAGGCCUCCAAGAAGGUGGCCCGCAGCGUGGACCGCGUCAACGACGAGUACAGCCGCCGCUCCUACAGCCGCUUCGAGGAGGACGACGACGACGACGAUUACCCGGCGCGGGGAGGCGGCCACUACCGGGGCGACGGCCAGGCGUCCGCCGCCGACAACGACGACGAGGAGGGCGGACGCAGCGACUCCACCGAGGGCCACGACGAGGAUGACGAGAUUUACGAGGGCGAGUACCAGGGCAUCCCCCGGGCCCAAUCGGACAAGGGCGGCCCGGCCGGCGGGCCCGGCUCGGUCCCGCAGCCGUUCGGGGAGGCGGCGGCGGCGUCCGAGGCGGAGAGGCGCAAAGACCGGGAGGAGCUGGCGCGGCAGUACGAGAGCAUCCUGCGGGAGUGCGGCCACGGAAAGUUCCAGUGGACGCUCUACUUUGUCCUGGGCUUGGCGCUCAUGGCCGACGGCGUGGAGAUCUUUGUGGUGGGCUUCGUCCUGCCCAGCGCCGAGAGGGACAUGUGUCUGUCCGAGCCCAGCAAGAGCAUGCUGGGUCUGAUCGUGUAUUUCGGGAUGAUGGUGGGAGCCUUCCUGUGGGGCGCCAUGGCCGACCGCAUCGGUCGCCGCCAGUCGCUUCUCAUCUCGCUGUCCAUCAACAGCAUCUUCUCCUUCUUCUCGUCCUUCGUGCAGGGAUACGGCACCUUCCUCUUCUGCAGGCUGCUCUCGGGCAUCGGGAUCGGCGGCUCCAUCCCCAUCGUCUUCUCCUACUACUCGGAGUUUCUGUCUCAGGAGAAGCGGGGUGAGCACCUCAGCUGGCUUUGCAUGUUCUGGAUGAUGGGCGGCAUCUACGCCUCUGCCAUGGCCUGGGCCAUCAUCCCCCAUUACGGAUGGAGCUUCCAGAUGGGUUCGGCCUACCAGUUCCACAGCUGGCGCGUCUUUGUUCUGGUCUGCGCCUUCCCCUCGGUGGCCGCCAUCGCCGCCCUCAGUGCCAUGCCCGAGAGUCCGCGCUUCUACUUGGAGAACGGCAAACACGACGAAGGCUGGAUGAUCCUCAAGCAAGUCCAUGACACCAAUAUGCGAGCCAAGGGACACCCAGAGAAAGUCUUUACUGUGACCACCAUCAAGACGGUGAAGCAGGUGGACGAGUUGGCGGAAGGUGGCACCGACACGCCCGUCUGGCAGCGCUAUCGCCUCAAAAUGAUGAGCCUCUCGCGUCAGAUCCGGAAUAACAUCGUUGCCUGCUUCGGCCCGGAAUACAAGCGGACCACUUUCAUGCUCAUGGCCGUUUGGUUCAGCAUGUCCUUCAGCUACUACGGCCUGACCGUGUGGUUCCCGGACAUGAUCAAGUACAUCCAGAAGCGGGAGUACGAGUCGCGCACCAAGACCUUCAGCAAGGAGCGUGUGGAGCAUGUCACCUUUAACUUUACGCUGGAAAAUCAGGUGCACCGCCAGGGUUACUACUUCAACGACAAGUUCCUCAAUCUGAAGAUGAAGUCGAUGGUGUUUGAGGACUCGGUGUUCGAGGAGUGCUACUUCGAAGACAUCACGUCCACGCACACCGUCUUCCGCAACUGCACCUUCAUCGCCAGCUUGUUUUACAACACGGAUUUGUUCAAGUACCGCUUGGUGGACUCCAAGCUGGUGAACAGCACCUUCCUGCACAACAAGGAGGGCUGCAUGCUGGACUUCAGCGACGACUUCAACAACGCCUACAUGAUCUACUUUGUCAACUUCCUGGGAACUCUGGCCGUGUUGCCCGGCAACAUCGUGUCGGCUCUGCUCAUGGACAAGAUUGGCCGCUUGAGGAUGUUGGCGGGUUCCAGCGUCAUUUCGUGCAUCAGCUGCUUCUUCCUGAUGUUCGGCAACAGCGAGUCGGGCAUGAUCGCCCUCCUUUGUCUCUUCGGCGGCAUAAGCAUCGCCUCCUGGAACGCCCUCGACGUCAUCACCGUUGAGCUCUACCCGUCUGAUAAAAGGACCACGGCCUUUGGCUUCCUGAACGCCUUGUGCAAGCUGGCGGCCGUACUGGGCAUCAGCAUCUUCCAGUCCUUCGUGGGCAUCACCAAGGCCGUGCCCAUCCUGUUCGCUGCCGGUGCGCUGGCUGCGGGGAGCUUCCUUGCUACAAAGCUACCCGAAACCCGGGGCCAGGUGCUGCAGUAGUCACCGCCGGCAUCGGCAAGGUGGCAGAGGGGGGGGGGGGGGGGGUUGUCCAAGUCUAAGUGCUCCCUCUUACAAACUCUGCAUCCGCAUUUUAAUUUAAUUUUUUUUUUGUUGGAAGCCCCAGAAUGCUCCUCGAUGUAGAUGACCUCAUCUUCUUUGCAGGGGGAUUGGUAUCGAGCUCAGGGGAUUCCCAUUUGUUUUCUGAUGCAGGCGAGUACGAGUGUGGAAAACUUGCGUCAUUCCACAAUUUCUUUUUUUUUUUCUUCACUUGAAAUACAGCCGACCGGUUCUCCAAAGCAGAAUGUACUGAGAGUAGGCAGAGUUUACAUCCUUGUAAAAAAACACAUGGGCGCACGAGCUCAGGUGAGUGCUUUCAUUUGCUAUUUUAGACCGUCGGAUUUGCCCCAAACGGGUGCGUCGAUCCAAAAUGGCUGCUUUCAUGUCCGAUUUCGGGUCCUUUUCGUGGGUCCUGGCGUGAUCCACUUGUGUAGCAAACACAAAAGCUAAUCUACUUGCUUUUCACACUACGACCCAGCUCGGCUAACUUCGCAACACCCCUGUAAAAUGAAAUGAUCCCCCAUCGCCAGUUUUACCGAUCGACAGCGAAUUUGGAAGAUGGCGCUAUCGUAACAGGAUGCACAGACGCAAGUCUCAAAGACCCACGGCUGAAAUCCAACAGCGAGAUAGCCGUUUGGGUGGGAGGCGGCCAUUAUGAGGCCAAUUCGGCCGCCUGAAUGUCCUCGGGACGCUUUGAUUAUUUCUCAUUGAAAUUCGUGUUAGUCAAAAACACAAAACGGGACCAAAAGAAACAUUGCUGCAUGAGAGUGACUGAUGACAUUACGGCACAAAGCGUGACAAAAGAUUUCAUUUGAGUUAAAAAAAAAAAAAGGGACGUCAUCAUUUCCCGAAAGUUAACAUCCGGCUUGUGUGCGGACAAUCGACGACUGAGGAUAUAAUUUUGUGUGCAUCUGCGUGGGCUAUACACGCCUCUCCUUUUUUUCACCGAGCCUAAACACCAGUUAGCUUGGCGUUAACACUGGAGGGAAACGACUAGCUAGCCGAUUAGCUUUACAAAAUACACAAAAUAACGUCUCGUUAUGUUUACAUUUUUGCAACGUUUUUAAAAAGUCAUCACCAUCCAUUCCACAACUUAGACUGUUAGCCACCCACGCGGGCUGAUUCCUGUAUUUUUUUUAAAAUGCUAAACUAGGCUAACGGCUCAAAGGAGAGUACCAACAGCCCCUCAAAAAAAAAGAAAAAGUUGAAUACCAGUGACAAAUUUUGCCCAUGUUUGAGAUCACACGACGUGAAAUAUUUAUGAAAAGCAGCUAACUUUGGGUAAAAAAUAAUCAUAAAUAUCAGACCAAGUUGUGCCCGUUUUCUUGAAAAGAAAGUGAGGAGAACUAGAAAUGAGCCCACCUUGGGGAUACAUAUUUGACUAGUAGUAACAGGCAAAUAAAAGUAGCCUAUUUCUAACCCGAAAAAGCCAUUUCUGUCCGUGUUUGAGAUAGUUUGCACCAAAGUAAGUGUCUUGAACUCAUUCUUGUGCAUUUUAGCGGCUUAGUUGAGGAUCAUCAUGUCUGGAAAACGGCUAGUUAAAAAAAAAAACACCCAGCUAUCCCCAUGUUUUCAAAAAAUAUGAUCCUUGACCUGAACUGAACCCAUCAGGAGGACAUUGAAUUUAUUUUGAGUCAUUUGACUGUUAUGUAAACAAUACGAGCUGUUUUUUACUCCAUUCUUUUCAUCCCUCAAACUUUUCGAACCAGUUUUUUCCUGCCUUUACGUUAUAAUGCAACUUGGCAGUUGGCGGAGCUCAGCCUAAACAUGAACAACGCACAGAGACUGAAGAAGAAAAAAAAGGAGAAAAAAAAGAGCAAGUCAAUUCGCUGUGCAGUCGUGACGCAUGUUCGUGUCGUGUUGUCUGACUUUUUGAGACGUCUUUCAUGUGCCGGCCGUUUGUGUCUUUGAAAACGCGACGAGUAGCUUUUUUUCCAUUUUAAAUUUUGUUUCCGUCCUCCUUCCAUUGUUCGACGAUGUCGCUGGCGAUGGUGAUGACGUCGCUGUUUGUUGCUUGCAGUGAUUGGUCUUGAUCAAAGUGGGCUUUUGACAUUGGUCAAACGUGUUCGGAAAGUGCUGGCCAUGGUCCUCCUUGACCUCUUUUGGGGGAAUUUGGGACUGGGCGGCUUUCAAAUAGAUUCAUAUUAAAUGUUUGAAAGGUAUGAAAAUAUUUUAGGAAUAUUGAAAAAGAAGAUAAAUAUUAAAAACGUGGAAUGUGUUAAACAUGCAACUAUUUUGAAUACAUAUUUAAAAUAUAUUUACGUUUUGAAUGUGUAAAUCUCUUUUGAAGAGAUGAUUAAAAAGAAAUAGUGUGUAUUUGUGUUGAAAACAUUUAAAAUGUAUUCCGUGAAUAAUAUAUUUUCAAUAUUUCUAAAAUACAUGAAUACAUUUUGAAUAGGAUUUCAAUAUGUUCACUUAUUUCCUUUAGUAUAUGUGAACAUAUUUAAAAUAUAUUCACAAAAUGCGUCCAAAAAGAUCCUUAUGUCAGCUAUUGGAGGGGCAGGGGGGCAUAGAUAAGAAAAAGAGAUAGUUGAGCUGGACAAGCUUUUAUUUUAGAUUGGGACAAAGCGAAGCCUUUCCUGCUCACGUGUAUCCACAGAGUGCCCUCAAGGUUCAACCAUUCAAUGUUUUUAUCUAUAGAUAGAAAAAGAGAGAGACACCGCGUUUAUGUUAGCUAUAUUGUACUAUGUGGUUGAAAUUGAAGUCUUUUCUGGUCAAGAUAAAGUAUUGGAGGACUGUUCCCACCACCCCCUUUCAAAAAUGGCACAAGGACAUUCCCCGUGCCAGGAAACGAGGAACUGUGAGAAUGCAUUACACUUGGAUGGGGAUUUUUAGUUUGCCUUGUUUAUAUGAACAGUACCUACUCUAAAUGUGAGUUCAAAUCAAAGAAUUAAUGUACCGUGUAUAAAAAGAGAGAAAAAACGAUGUAUGUGCAAGUAUGGAAUUUGUGGAACUUUCAGGAAAACUGGAGAAAAAAAUCUGCACCAAAAUUUUAUGGCGUGUCGUCUUCGUUUUGUAAAUGACAAAUGGAUUCUUGGUGAUUUCAAAUAUGAAUAUAUUGGUGAUGCUGAAAUAAAAAAGUGAUGUCA